AUGGAGCUGCCAGACACCAGGCCUGCAGGGGAUGGAACCUUCCAGAAGUGGGCUGCCGUGGUGGUUCCAUCUGGAGAAGAGCUCAGAUACACAUGUCACGUGCACCAUGAAGGGUUACCUGAGCCGCUCUCUCUGAAAUGGGAGCCUCCACAACCCAUCCCCAUCAUGGCAAUUCUCAUCGGCCUGCUCCUUGGAACUCUGGUGCUGGGAACUGUGGUAAUUUUUCUGAAGAUGAGGAACACUGGACCCUGUGCUGUCCUCCUCCUGUUGGUGGCCUUGGCCUUGGACCUCACCCAGUAUUGUGUAGAAAGGCUUCGUAGAUGCCUGGACCUUGGGAAGGAGACUUUGCUGCGCUCUGAUGCCCCUCAAACACAUGUGACCCACCAAGUAAGACCUGAAGGGAAUGUCACCCUGAGAUGCUGGGCCUUGGGCUUCUACCCAGCUGACAUCACCCUGACCUGGCAGAGGGAUAAGGACAACCACAUCCCAGACAUGGAGCUGCCAGACACCAGGCCUGCAGGGGAUGGAACCUUCCAGAAGUGGGCUGCCGUGGUGGUUCCAUCUGGAGAAGAGCUCAGAUACACAUGUCACGUGCACCAUGAAGGGUUACCUGAGCCGCUCUCUCUGAAAUGGGAGCCUCCACAACCCAUCCCCAUCAUGGCAAUUCUCAUCGGCCUGCUCCUUGGAACUCUGGUGCUGGGAACUGUGGUGAUUUUUCUAGUAUGGAAGAAAUAA